AUGUCAUAUUCUCAAAGAAACAUUCAAAAUUUACCAUUUUAUUCACCAGCCAAAUUCGAAAAUGACCAAAAGGAUUUAAUGAUCUCUUAAUUGAAGGCUGAGAACUUUGAAUUGAGAUAGAAUGCACGAGACUAUUAAGAAUUGGCCUCUCAUUUGAAAUCAUUAGAGAAUAGGUGAAUUAGCUGUUAAAAUUAGAUAUAAUACAUUACAUGAUGAGAAGAUGAGAAAUGAAGUAGAUUAUCGAAAUAAGAGUGAUCAAACAUUAAAAACUAUUGCUAACCUUAGAAAUGAGAUAGAUAAUUUGAAAUCUUAGUUAACAGAAAAACAUAUCGAAAGUUAAGAGAUGAGAGCUGAAAAUCUGGCAUUUAAAGAAAUCACAGAUCAUAGAUCCUAAGAGUAUUAGAGAGUCAAAAAUGACUUAGCCCAAAUCCAAGAGGCAAACAGAAAAAUAUAUGAAGAUAAACUUAGAUUGGAAACAGAAUUGUAAGCAGCUAAAGAUGAAAGAAAAAGGUAAGAAAUCAUUCAUAUAAAAUAAGAUUAUUGCAUGACAGAGAGAUUCUUAAUAAUACUUAUGAAGAUGUAUUAGAUAAAUUGAAUGAAAAAGAGAAAUCAUUGUCUUAAUUACAAAGUGAUUAUGAUAAUCUUGAAAAGUAGAACCUAAUUUAUAGAGCAGAUGUUGAAAAUGUAAUAUUAUUAAUUGAUCAUCUAGAUUAAUAAUGAAUUGAAAACAAAGAAUGAAAAUUUGAAAUAUACUCGAAUGCAAUAUCAAGAAGCUUAGAAUUAUAUAUCAUAACUAUAAAAUGAUCUAGAAGAACUCCAUAAAUAAAAAGAGAAAUUCAAGUAAGAAAGCCUAUUAUACCAAAAAAAUUAUUAAUCGGAAGCAGACACAUGCAUGGAAUUGAAUGCAUAAGUGAUUUAGUUAGAUCAGACUGUUAAACAUUAAGAAAAGACUGUUAUAGACUAGAGGAAUGAGAUGGAGCGAUUAAAAUCAUUACACAUGGAAUGCUUAGAAACUACAGAGGAGUUGAGUCAUGAAUUAGAACAAGUAAAACGGAUGAAUGAUCAAUUAGAACAUUAACAUCGAGAAGUAUUAAGCUGAUCUUAUUAUAGGUUAUGGAAGAAUUUGAUAAAAUAUCAUUAGCAGAAGAAUAAGCUGCUAUGACUAGAGCUAGUAAAUAUAAAGAAUUAAAAACAAAAUUAAUAAUGGGAACUAAGCAUCUAACGUAGUUCCAAUCUCCAUUUAAAAGAUUUUCUACUAACAAAAAGCCUUAACUGAAAUAAUAUGAAUUUUGA